CAACCGACCCGAGCCGCAGGAUGUCGGCCACGCUCUACGUGCUCUCCACGCUGGGCGGAUACGUCCUCACCUCCGCGCUCCUCCUCAAGUGCCCGGGGCUGCUCCACCGGCCCAAGCGGCAGCGCUUUCGCUGCCGGCACAUCUCGCACCGCGGCGGUGCUGGAGAGAACCUGGAAAACACAAUGGCAGCCUUUCACCAUGCUGUUAACUUAGGAACAGACAUGCUGGAGCUGGAUUGUCACCUGACUAAGGAUGAGCAAGUGGUUGUGUCCCAUGAUGAGAACCUGAAGAGAUCCACAGGAGUGGAUGUCAACAUCUCUGACCUCAAAUACUCUGAACUUCCACGGUACCUCUGCAAGUUGGAUGUCACAUUUCAGAAAGAGUGUCAGUGUGAGGGGGAGGACAACCGGAUCCCCCUCCUGGAGGAGGUGUUUGAGGCAUUCCCAACAACCCCUGUCAACAUUGACAUCAAGAUGAACAACAAUGUGCUGAUCAAAAAGGUUUCCGAGCUGGUGACUCAGUACAAGCGGGAGCACCUGACGGUCUGGGGGAACGUCAACUAUGAGAUCGUGUCCAAGUGUUUCAAGGAGAACUCUGACAUUGCCACCAUCUUCUGUGCCCAGCGUGUCCUCCUGCUCCUUGGCCUCUUCUACACUGGCCUGCUGCCCUUCAUUCCCUUCAGGGAGGAAUUCUUUGAAAUUCCAAUGCCUUCCAUCAUCCUCAAGCUGAAAGAACCACAGAAGAUGUCAAGAAGCCAGAAAUUCAUUAUCUGGUUGGCUGACACGUUGCUAAUGAGGAAAGCACUGUUUGACCACCUCACAGCUCGGGGCAUUCAGGUGUAUAUUUGGGUACUGAAUGAAGAACAAGAGUACAAGAGAGCAUUUGACCUUGGAGCAACUGGAGUGAUGACAGACUAUCCCACAAAACUGAAGGAGUUUUUGCAUAAUUAUCCAGCAUAAAAGAAGAAAACUGAGGAAGUUCUUGCAGAAUAGAUUCAGUGUUGGAAAUUUCUGCCUUCAAAGAUGCUCAACACAUUUUUCAGCCAUUAGACCCAACCAAUCUUCCCACAUCUGCUGUAGCUCUUGACUGUGCUGUUUAUACAUGACCUUGGAUAAAUCUGCUGCUCAAUAUCUGGAAUUCAAGUGAGGCAAGUUACAUGGGAGGGAAGGGCUUCAGUGCUGGAAAAGCUGCUGAAUUUAUCCAUUCACCUGUUUGGGCUUUAGCACAAGACUAAAAUUUGGUCUCUUGAGACAGAUGAUGGUUUGUGGGUGAUCUGAGCACCAAUGCCCAGGGCUCAGGCCAUGAUAACUGUCUGUGACAAAAUAACAUGGGUUUGAGGCAACUGUUGAAUGUUUGCUGUAUCAAGUAAUUGUUUUAAAUAUUCCACAACUCCCUGUGUGAUUUUUUAUUUUAUUUAUUUUUUUUUAACCCACUGGUGCAGAAAGGCUUUUGUUGGGAACUUGCACAACUGUCCAGGAGGAUGUUCAGUUGAUCUCUCUCUUCGAGGGGAGAUUCUUUUCAGGUACUUUUAACUCUAAGUAUUGUUUUAACACUUACUGUGCUCUCAACCCUGCUGCAGGAUAUUUGAUGUAUGAAGGAUGAUGUGUGUAUUUCAUGCACUUUUAAUUUGCAGGAAGCCUCUGUAGCUCCAAAGCUAGGAAGGGUUUUCCCUUUUUGUGUAAAGUGAGAUCGACGCUUUUGAAAUGUGACCCAUGGAAACGUCUUUGCUCAUAAAAGAUCUAAAACUUAAACACUAAUUGUGACUUCUUUGCCUAAGAGCCUCAUUUCUGUGAUGCUGAUUUUAUAUUUGCAGUGUAGUAAACGUUGAGCUUUUGAUGGUG